AUCAGCCUGGAGGUUGUCACUUGUCUGCUUCCAUGUCACUUUUGAAGCUAUCAACAACCACAGUCAAUAAUCUGGUGGCGUGUUGUUCCGCGACCCUCUGCCCUCACACUCGCUGACACCUCGCCAGUACCUGUCUGUCGCAGCGUGUUUAGCCGUGCGAUAGCUCCGACGACACAACAACGACAACUUGACCUCUUCCUUCGAGUCUCAUGUUCGGAGCGGGCGAUUAAGGACUAGCGACCACCAUCAUGUCCGAAGAACGAUCCAAGAUAUCGCUGAGAAGCGGCGGCAAGCGGAAGAACCGCCCAACCAUUAGCGCUCCCAGGCAGAUUUCGGCUCCGAUACCACAGGACAAUGGCAUGCCUCAACCCCCUCCGGAGGCUACAAUGGCCGACGAACCACGCAUGACGCGACCACGGCCUCCGCCCCCGGGCGGCAAGACAUCAGAUUUGGUUAAGAAGCGGUAUUCGACUCGCUUCGGUAAUAUGCCAACCGACUUUGACCCGUCUUCGAAUCCGAUGCCUGCUCUUCCGGACCUCGAAAAGUACAUGCAAGCACAGGUCGGCUCCCCGCCAUCUAGAGGAGGAGAUGCUGGAGGACUUGGACCCAUGGGAAGGGAACCACCUAGGGUGGACAUACGGACCCUGAGAGACCCUAACUUUGCUCCUGAGCAGUAUGUGGCCGAGGUUCUCGGUGAAGCGACCGAAGACGAGAUACGGGACUACGAGGACGCCCUGAAACAGCUCAAGGCUCGAGCAGCUGCCGACCUUCAGCAAAAUGUCUACCAGAACCGCACGCAGUUUAUCAAGAUCAGCAAGGAGGCCGAGAAGCUCAAGGGGGAGAUGCGCACUCUCCGCAACCUCAUGUUGGAACUUAAGACGAACACUACCGCCCUUCGAGCUUCCUCCAAUAGUGCCGAUAGUUCGGGGAGUUUGGGACCCGAGUUUUCGACAGGAUUGAGCAAGAGAGACAGGCGAAGCUCCAUCACUGACCGAACUGCCUUGUGGAGCGCUCAGAUGCAAGCUCUAUACAAAAGUGUCGAAGGAUCACAAAAGUUCUUACCCAAUUCCCAAGGCCGCCAUGUUGUUCAAAAUGCAGGCCCAUGGAUUGAACUAGAUAACGCCACCUACAAGUCGAGGCGCUCCAUGCAAAUCUUCUUGCUCAAUGAUCACUUGCUGAUUGCGUCGCGCAAGAAGAGAAAGAUCGACGGUCCUGGAGCGGAUGCACGGGGCCCCAUGACGAAGCUCGUUGCUGACCGGUGCUGGCAUCUCUUGGACGUUGAAGUUGUUGACAUGGCUGGAACCGGAGACUCGUCAAAUGGCCGUAAUAAGCUUGCUGAUGCGAUUAUGGUCAGAGGUGGCGGUCAGAACGAGUCCUUCAUUUACAGAACCGAGAAGCCCGAGGACCCCGAGAAGACAACCUUGAUUCUAAAUAUCCGCAAGACGGUGGAGGAACUACGCAGGAACCUUCAAUCAGAACGAGAUGCGACUAAUAAGGCAAAAGAAACGAUCAACUACUUUGCCUCACGCGAUCCGGGUCUGCUCCAAAAGACAGAGCUUCUGGAGACUCUUUCCGAUAUCAAGGACAUGCUCAUCGAGGUCGAUGGGAAACAACAGAACCUGCGUUGGGUGGAGAGCCAAAUGGACGAACUGGACAUCAACAUUGCCCUUCAGCAAAUCGAGCCAGCCGUUGCGCGAAUCGAGAUGUUGAAAAACCUCGCCUCCGGUCUGAAGAACAACAUGAUCGCACAGGACUUUAUCUCGUUCAAAGUGGAUGAGAGAUGCGCCAGGCUUGCAACUUUGGUUGUCCGUGAGCUCGUGAACAGCCAUAAUGAUCAGAAAAAGACCAAAAGGAACGUGACGUGGUUGGUCAGGUUGGGAUUUGAGGAUAGAGCGCGGGAGGCCUACCUCGAGGCCCGAAGUGAGGUCAUUCAAAAGCGAUCAAGGCAAUGCAUAUUCCAGGGAGAUCUGCACCUGUAUAUCUGGGAAAUUUCAUUCGUUUACUUUAUGGUUAUACGGAAUACGGUCAUUUGCUUUCAGAGUUGCUUCCCACCACCUAUGAUGAGUGCCUGCGUGAAGUGGGCCAAAGAGGAAGUCGACGCCUUCAACGUCAUCCUAGCUAGACAGCUCAGCAGUGCGGAGGAGGGCGGCGAGGUAUGGACCGAGUGUGUGAACAGGGCAAAGGAGCACGCGAGCAUGCUCUCUGACGUUGGACUUGACUUUCGGAACCUGGUUGGGCGGAAUGUUGGUACAUCUACUACAGUGCCUGGUGGCGCUUCGGCUGGGCUGGGUCUGUCCUGAGCCGUGAUGAACCCAAGCUGCAAAGACAGAGGAUCUACUGAAGUGAUAUUGGAGAUACAUAUAUAAAGAGCAAGUUAAAGUAAUGAUAGUAUAUCAAUGAUGAGGCAAGCAUGGGCAUUGGUACG